UAGGAAGUGGGAUGGAAGAAGUGUGUAGGAGCUAGGAACAGGGAAAAUGGAACAGAUGGCGGAGGAAAGAGCAACAGAGGAUAGAAGUAGUAUGGCCUGAGGUGUAACAACUCAUGGAUUUUUCCAAGCUAAACCCCACAAGCUGCUAAAAUGAGAAGAAAAGGGAGGCUAUUAAAGUGGAGACAACAGCAAGAUGAACAUCAAAACAAAAACCCAAAGCAACUUUACAGGCACUCUGCUGCAAGAGCCAUCAGGAGCCUCCACUCAGCGGCAACUGGAGCUGCCAGGAGAAGGCAUCCCACACAGGGUUGGAGCCAGAGCACACAGAACAGAACAAGCAGUCCCUGGAAACAGAAUACCAAAGCAACACCCUGGAUGAGACCAGCAGUGCAGACUACUGGAGAGCUAAAUUCACACAACAGAUGUGAAAACAGCUCAAAAAGAUGCACAACUGAGAAAGGGCUGGGGUCUGGAGAGGAUGAAGAAAGCAAGGUUUUGGAUGUGAGCUACGACACCCUAUACCCUCAUGCUUACGGCGCUGAGAGCAUGACAACGUAUCCGAAUGGCUGUGGAAAUGGCACCUCAGUUACCUGUAUAGUAAUGGAUAAUAAAGAACCGAGGAGCAAUUCUACCUCUUUAUGUCACAAUGGGGGAUGUGACACAAGUCACAGCUAUGAGGAUGACGGCCAGGAUAAUAAAGUCAGUCCUUCCAAAAUCAUGCGCUUUUUCUCUGCUCCUCGGAAAAGAUCUGGCUCCAAUGUGGAAAGGCCUCAUUCUCUGAUAGUUAUGGGGAAUCCCUCAACAUGGAAUGCUUUGUCUUCCAUUAGAAAAAUGGGGUCUUUCAAGAAGUUGAAAUCCUCAGUUCUCCAAGGAAUCCAAGCCAAGGAAGACCUAGACAACUUAAAUGACAGCACGCUGGAGAACAAUAUCAGAAAGCGUGUCCCAAACAGUACGGUGGUGAGAGUACAGACCAAUAGGUAUUCUUAUUCCGGGCCCCUCCAUGAUUUUCAAAGCACAGCAGAGAAUACUUUGGCUUCUGAUAACUCUGAUGGGGAGGAAAGCGAUGAUUCCUUCCUGAGGAACACUCGCCGGUCACGCAGCAUCAGGCGUGCUUAUGGCAUCGGUCGUAUAAAUUUAUUAGACACAGACAAAACUCAGGAUCAUCAGAACAGUACCAGGCCGGUUUCCCCUGUCAUCCAGGAAUCUCAGAUUUGUGAAAUAAUCUUGAAAGAUUCUGAAAGCAACAAGGUGGUCUUCAGGAGAAGCAAGAGUACAGAUAAUCUGAACUUUCUGAAAAAGAGCUCAUUCAAGAGGAAGUCCACCUCAAACCUCACCGACCUCAAAGCUGCAUAUGAUAAGCAGACACCACAGAGGACCACAAGCAUUUCUUCAGCUGACUCUGAUAAAACCAACCGGAACUCAGAGUGGAGAUCAAAGCGCUGGAAGAGCCCGAUUAGAGCCAAGGAUUUUGACAGAGUUUUGAAACUUGUCAGCAACGUUACUGAUGUUGCGAUAAAGAAAGACAGUCCUAAGAGUGAAACUUCCUCAUCCAGCGUACAGAACCAGAGGACGAGGCCAAAUAGCAGGCUACAUGAUGAUUAUUCACGUAGGGUUUCAAGCAGCACUGAAAACGACAGGCGAAGGUGCCUACCGACCAGGUGUAGCCCAGACACUAACUUUCCCAGAACUAGUCUCCUGACUUCUGAGGCUGACAAUGCUGGGACUGCUGUGUUAACCCCUGAUGCCAAUGGCCACCAAAUAUCAUCCUGCGACUUCCCUGAUGCUUUGUGUUUAUCGCCUCCGCUUAAGGACAUUGGCCCAAUCCCUAACGAAGUGUUUUAUGAAGACUUUGAUGAACCAAAAAGUUCCAGCCAGUUUACAUGCAGCUCUGGGCAGCCCAGUGUCCCUGCCAGACCCGCCGUCCCCAAGCCUCAGAGCCCAACUGCUGAAAACAUCAAGUGCAAUAUGAAUGUCCAUUGUCCCGACCGGCGCAGCACCUUGUCACUCAGCUCAGUGGAAAGCGAGGGGAGAGGGGAGGGGCCUCCCAUCAAGCUGGAGAAGAGCCCCGUUGGCUUCCAGGAUGCUGUGCAAGCCAUGUAUUACGAUGACACGAAUGAAGACAGCGGCAUCAGCAGCCACUCUCAGCUGAGUCUCAAUUUAGCUCCAAGUGCUGAUGAAAAGAAGGAAGAGGUUGUUACUGCUGAUCACUGGAAGAAGCCCACAUUCCAAGAUGAAGAAAGAACAGAUGCUCAGAAGGUCACAACCAGGAGAUGGGGCUCUGGAAAACGAUCUCGGCCUCGACCCCUCUCAGAUUAUGGCCAGUUGGCAAAUAGGAGUUUCUCAAUACCGGAAGAUUCUGUUGCUAUGGAGUCUCAGAAGGUGGAUUGUUUGGAUGGUGACAGUGAGCUUGCAUUGCCUUCUGUAGAAUCUGCAACCUGUACAGUAAUCAACCAAAGAGAGCACAAAAGAAGACCCAUCUCUGUCAUUGGAGGGGUCAGUUUCUAUGGGAACAACCCAACAGAAGAAAUAUCAGAUCUCCUUACACAACCAGCCGCACGCCCUCCAGUACCAGCACACCAAGUCCCUCCUUAUAAAGCUGUUUCUGCCAGAUUCCGUCCCUUCACCUUUUCACAAAGCACACCUAUUGGUCUGGACAGAGUUGGAUGUAAACGGCAAAUGAGAGCAUCCCAUGGUGCUACAGACGGUGGUACAGAAUCUUCUGCUUUAGUGGAUGAUAAUGGUAGUGAGGAGGAUUAUAGUUAUGAGGACCUCUGCCAAGCCAGUUCUAGAUACUUGCAGCCUGGAGGGGAACAGCUAGCCAUUAACGAGCUGAUAAGCGAUGGGAGCAUGGUCUAUGCAGAGGCACUCUGGGAUCAUGUGACCAUGGACGAUCAGGAAUUAGCCUUCAAAGCUGGGGACGUCAUCCAAGUCCUUGAGGCAUCCAACAAGGAUUGGUGGUGGGGAAGAAAUGAGGAGAAGGAAGCCUGGUUUCCUGCUAGCUUCGUCAGGCUACGGGUUAAUCAGGAAGAACUUGCGGAGAAUUGUGGAAGCCUCCAAGAUGAAGAGCCAGACCCUGGGAAGCACCGCCAAAAAAUUGCUGAAAACAAGGAUCAGAUGAGAACAAAUGUUAUUCAGGAAAUCAUGAACACAGAGCGGAUCUAUAUCAAACACCUCAAGGACAUAUGUGAGGGGUACAUUCGACAGUGUCGUAAGCAUACAGGAAUGUUUACUGCAGCACAACUAAACACUAUUUUUGGAAACAUUGAAGACAUUUACAAAUUCCAAAGAAAGUUCUUGAGAGAUCUAGAGAAGCAGUACAACAAAGAAGAGCCCCACUUAAGUGAAAUAGGAUCCUGCUUUCUUCAGCAUCAAGAAGGCUUUGCUAUCUACUCUGAGUAUUGUAACAAUCAUCCCAGUGCCUGCAUUGAACUGACCAACCUGAUGAAACAGGGCAAGUACCGCCACUUCUUCGAGGCUUGUCGCCUGCUUCAGCAAAUGAUUGACAUUGCCAUUGAUGGCUUUCUGCUCACGCCCGUUCAGAAAAUCUGUAAAUACCCUCUGCAGCUUGCCGAAUUGCUCAAGUACACCACUCAGGAGCACAGCGACUAUAACGAUAUACAGGCAGCCUAUGAAGCCAUGAAGAACGUAGCCUGCCUGAUCAACGAGCGCAAACGGAGGCUCGAAAGCAUAGACAAGAUUGCCCGUUGGCAGGUGUCCAUCGUCAGCUGGGAGGGGCAAGACAUUUUAGGCAGAAGCUCAGAAUUAAUCCACUCGGGAGAACUGACCAAAAUCUCCAAACAAGGCAAGAGCCAGCAAAGGACUUUCUUUCUCUUUGACCAUCAGCUUGUGUUCUGCAAGAAAGAUCUAUUGAGAAGAGACAUGCUCUACUACAAGGGCCGGAUGGACAUGGAUGAGGGGGAAGUGCUGGAUGUGGAGGACGGCCGAGACAAGGACUUCAGUAUCAAUGUAAAGAAUGCUUUCAAAAUUGUGAAUAGUGCCACUGAAGAGGUUCAUCUGUUUUGUGGGAAAAAGCCGGGGGAUAAGAAAAGGUGGCUGGAGGCCUUUGCAAACGAGAGGAGACGAGUGCAAGAGGACAAGGAAAUGGGGAUGGAGAUCUCGGAAAACCAAAAGAAACAGGCCAUGCUGAAUGCACGGAAAUCAAGGCACGGAAAGAUUAAAGGUGUUAGCUACAGCGGAUGCCCAGUGCCACCUCCACACCAGAGUUUACAUCCCAUCCAUCAGCGUCACAUCACGGUGCCCACUAGCAUUCCACAGCAGCAAGUCUUUGCCCUGGCAGAACCGAAACGGAAGCCAUCACUUUUCUGGCACACUUUUAACAAACUGACACCAUUCAAGAAAUGAAUGGCUGAAGGUCCCCAUACUGGAAGGACGUGUGCUAAAGGAGAGCCAUUGCCCAGCAAGCAAUUUGUUGGUCCUGGUGGAAAGUGGUGAAUUUUGUUCUGGAGGGAAGAAGUAAAGAGGAUCCCAACUUUCCUCCAUAACCUUUGUUUCAGAAGGAUGAAGUCCAAGCGGUAUAGUGAAGAAGGCUGUGGUGUGAUCGGAAGCAUUUGUUGACUUGUGUCAAUAAAGGUUGCUAAUGAGGAACGAACCACUCAGUUACAAGGGCAGGUUGCUGCUAUUUCCAAACAGCGGUGUAUUGUUUAUGUUGUACCAAAGGAAUGGUUAAAAUCUCUAGGCCAUUUUAUCUGUCUUAAUAAUGAAUUGAUGGCCAAAUUUAGAAAUAGGAAGGCAUGCAUUUCCCCCCUCAUGGCGUGUGAACAAAGAGGUUUCACCUUUUCUAGAUACAGAGCAAGUGCGUGGAUCUCAUCUGAUCAGGUUGCCACGAUUGCAAGAACUGGUGGAUCUCAGGCCUUCCUCUUUGUUUUAGUUCACUGCUUGUUUCUGUCCAUUUGGUCAGAUGGGACUGGGACUUCCUGAAAGGCCUUAGCAUCUUCCCGGCAAAACUGGAGAGAAUUUGAACUUGGCGACAUAAAAAGAUAAACAGAAAAAUUUGCACAUGCCGUUGCAAAAAAAUGAAAGAAGGGUCUGAUGCAUCUUGGGUUGACUAUUACCAAACACCGUUCUUUGCAGCAUGCAUGGUAUACAGUUCAAGAAACUGAUUUCAUUUUAUUUUGUUAUAUGCAACUGUUAGCCUAUAAGAAUUGCCUCUGUUAUUUCCAUUAUGCCUGCUUUUACACUAUGGAAAGCUGAAGCGUUCUCUGUUUCGAACGGCGCUAAUAUGAUUAUAACAUGAAUAAGAAUAAUACAGAGUAACAAAUCUGAGAGACCUCCAACUUUGAAAGGGGUUUUAGUCCCUAAAUCCCAUAAGCACACACCUGGCUCAAGUGACUCUUAAAAAAAGCCUUCAGAAGGUUUCCAAAGUGCUCUCUGGUUUGGUCAUUCUUACAAACAUCAGUAAAGCAAGAGGGCUGUUUGAGAAUUGCUUCUUAGCAGUGAUGCCAAGCAGAUCCUACACCAGGGUACAGCUGGGGGCAUCAGAAAUGAAGGUUGACUGAAGAAGACUAUUUAAAAACAAAAAACAAAACUCAGGUCAAAUUUGGCCUAUUUAUGGAAUAUUAAAAGGAUUUCCCCUUAUUUUGUUUUGUUCCUGUUCUGUGAAAUGAAAUUUGUUUUUACUCUAGCUACAAAAUAUGCUACCCUGAGAAAACGGUCAUAAAUUGCAACUUAUGGCACAUGCUACUGUAUUUAUUCUUUUUCUCAGUGGUCAUAUAUUAAUGCUUGUACUAACGCACAUUGUCAACACAAACAGACUGGGACAAUACUGAGCUAGAUGGACCAAUGGUCUGACUCAGUAUAAGGCAGCUUCCUAUGUAACAGACUUUCUCUAUUUGAAAACUGGUUUCCAAAAGUUAUCCACAUUUCUUCCAGUCAGUGCUGAUGAUCAGGGCCAUUGUUUGAUAAUGAAGGUUGAUUCAGGAUCUUUUUUAAAAACUGUGAACACAAGUUAGUUUAUUGGUAGAAAACUAUAUGAAGGACAAUGGGCUAUAGCCAAGCAUCUUUAUCAUAGCGUGAAAAGUCUUAUGUGGAACAAGUAUUUGGCUGCAAUCCUAAGCAUAUGUACUAGGAUGCAAAUCACUUUGGAAUUAGUAGGACUUUCCUGUGAGAAAGCAUGCUUAGCAUUGGGCUGUUUAUUCACCUUGUAGUGUUUCUCUCUCUUUCCCUUUUAUGUACAGUCCAUUUUGAAAAGUCUUCAGACACAGACACACAACCCAACCACAGUACAGCAGCUGACAUACUUCACAAGCUUCUAUUAGCCUUGUAAUGAAGCAUGUGUGCAAUUGCACAACCACACUCUUGCACAAACAAACAAACUUGUGCAAAUGGAGCUGGAAAUAAUGGCUGUCGGUUGCACAAUUCUGUUGGCACAGUUUUGCACACUUGUGAAAAAGCGCUGUUGUGCAACUGCACACACACUUCAUUACAAGGCAAAUGGAAGCUUUUGCAAUGUCAACUAGCACUUUUAAGUUCCAUUGGUUCCAAUGGGAACAUUUAAAAGUUCCCCAUUGAAAUCAAUGGCUGACAUGAUGUGCAGCCUUCCAUUGGCAUUAGGGGUGUACACAGAACCUGCUGGUCCGGUUCGGUUUGAGUCCGAACUGGAACCGGACCAGUUCAGCCCGGCACCCCCUCGGUAGUGUUUUGUUUUUUAAAAAAUUCCACUUGCCCCCUCCGGGGGAGUAGUUCAAGGUGGCGGGGGGUGGGGGUCCAUGGAGGUUUCCCCUACCCCUGCCAGCCUCUCUUAAACGUUUGGUCGCUCAUUGGCCUUCCCCCUCGGCACGGUGGCCAUUUUGGUGGUGGGGGGAAGGCCAAAGAGCAGCCGAAGAGUGGCCAAAUGCAUAAGGGAGACCGGUGGGGGAGGGGGAACCUCUGUGGAAACACCCCACCCCCGCCGCCUCGAACAACUCCCCCAGAGGGGAUAAGUUAAAAAAAAUUUUAAAAACCCAACCCUCAGGUGGGUUCGGUCUGGGGUUGGACCAAACGGGGUGGUUCGGUUCGACCCCGAAUGGUCGAACCAAAUUGGUUCAACAUUGAGCUUGUCCACACAUCACCAACUGGCAUAACCAAUGCCCUGGGGCUGCUAUGCUCAUAAAAGGCAGCCCCAAUGAUUUUGUGCAGCUACUUAAAAACAGUGCUAUUGCAGUUGCACAAUGCUACUGCCAUGAUGAACUUUGGAUAUAAUGAGAGUAGCAAAGUGCAGCUGUGGCAGUAAUGAUUUUAAGGAACUGUGCACGAGCACGCUUCCACAGGAUCACCAGAGCUGCCUUUUAGGAGCACAGCAGCCCCAGUGCAUUGGUUAUCUUGACAGAAGACUGCAUCUCAUGUCGGCCACUAAGACGCAAAAGUGCUACACCCUGGUUGGAUUGUGCCUACAAUAUAUAUAUAUUGCUUUUAUGGUUAACGUGAAUGGCAGCUGUGGCAAUAGCCAAUAAAACAUAUCUCUAAUAAGAUACAAAUACUGGCAGAAAACCUGGUAAAUCUGUUGUCUGAGGAUGUGUGUUAAAAGAAAUGCUUGCGCCUGUGUUUUUCCUGUCCAUGAAAGUGAUGUUUUAACUAAUAAGCAUUUUGAAACUGGCGAUAGCUUUUAAAGUCAGGUAUGUUAGAUUUGCCUUCUGUACAAAGCUCAGCACUGGCUGUAAAAAGGCACUGAGGCUAAAGGGAACUGUCCAGCAUGUUGUGAACCUCCCUGCUUGCUUUUCAAUAUUAACUUUUUUCAAAUGAAAGAAAUGGUUGAGAGCUGGAGAAGCGGAAUCAGAGAGUAGCAUUUUUAAAACCAUUGCAAUGGAGAUCUACGUUUGGAACAAACAAAUGUUCUCUGGCUUGCCCCUUUGAAUUGCCCAAGCACCUGCUUCCAGAGGACAAAUGGGAGGCCACGGGCUCACUGCUCCUCUCACCUGGCAUUUAUAUUCUACAGGUGUGGAAUUGUCUGCUGGACCCCCACCAGUGGAGUUUGAAACUGUAAAGAUUUGGCGCUAUAUAACUGUUAAACCUGAGGAGAACCUUUAAAACUGGACUCAUCCACAGAGCAGACCCACCUCCACAUGCAGUAGCUGUGUCUGCCUCAGACCAGGUGUCCAGGCCACGAAGGCAAAGAAUUGGUGCUGGACACACCCCUCCUAGAUAAUCCGCGGUCUCUGUUGUCCAAAGCUACAGAGAGUAGGGUGUGGGUUGGUUUGCUUAGAAGUCUUUUCUCCUCUCAACUCCUGUCGUACUGCUGUGCAUUGAUGUGCAUCUGGAAUAUCUCUGAGUGGGGUCAGGCCCCUAGACCCCUGCCCACCUGUGCCUGCCCUAGGAUCAUCCACUAGGCUCUUUUUCCCUUGGCCCCUGGUGCACAGACUGCUCUGAGAAGCUGGCAGGGCUGGUCCUAGGCUAAACAGCACCCUGAGAGCAGAGUGCCUUUGCCCCUCCAACUUGUUUUGGCUUGUGCAAGCACAGCUCAGUGCCCCCUUCAGACAGGCGCCCUGAGCAACAGCCCAGCUUGCCCAUCCCUAAGGCCAGCCCUGGUAGCAGGAGUUGAGCAAAGGCACUUGAUCCUGUAUGACGGGGGUAUUAUACUAGAUACCUGCACCAAGCUGGGGUUUGGAACGGUAGACCUCCGAGGUCUCUUCCUGCUCUACAGUCCUAUGAUUCUGAAAUGCUCUGAAUGUUCCUAAAAAAGCAUGUGCCUCCCACUAACUAUUCAGAGGCUAUUCUCACGACCGCUUGAAAGUGGGCUAAGGGAGCCCAGCCUGUUUUCCAGCGGUCGUAGGAACCACCAGGCUUGCAGGCGAGCCCCGUGGCUAGCCCACCUAAAUAUCCCUCUUCUAAAACGAGGUCAGCAGAGCGAGUGCUCUGCAAUUCCCAUUUUUGUGAUUGUGGGUGUGGCAUGGCUCCACGCCACUGCGACUCAUGAGGAGACCCCUGACUGGGAGACUGCAGCAAGCUUCCUGGCAUUGAGGGGCUCCCCAGAGCGGGGCGUUCUGGGACUUCUGGGGGCUGGGCAGCCCUUGAUCGUGACAGAGACAGUUAUCAUGUGGGUGGCCAAUCCAGCCGCCCUGAGAGAGCUGUAUGAUUGUCUGCGGGGAGAGUGGGCCAAGCCCACACUCCAUGCCAAACCCCAUCCAGCUCUCCACUCUCGUGUGGAGAGCCUCAUAGCUUGGUGCUGAAGGCUGUGUCUAUAGUUGUGACCUCGAGGGAGGAUUGGAAGGGACUUCUGUUGGAAGCACUGCACCCUGCUUGCUACAGGAUUGCACCCAGUGAGGUCGUUCACACAAUCAAAAAAUAUAUUCUACCCAGGUUAGGGAGUUUUGUGUGCUCCCUAUUUUUGGUUGUGUGGAAGCAAGGUAGGAGGAAAAGCUGGGUAGAAGUGAUUGUGUGGAAGCAAGGUAGGAGGAGAACCUGGGAAGCUUUUCCUCCUACCUUGCUUCCAUACAAUCACUUAUACCCAGGUUUCCCUCCUACCUUCCUUCCACACAACCAAAAAUUGGGAGCACACACAGCUCCCGAGCCCGGGUAGAACACAGUUUUUGACUGUGUAAAGGGCCUCAGUGUCUCUUUCCCCAAGGUCACAUUUUGAUAUAUUAGCAAUGGAAAGGAGCAGGAAGUUUUGGAUUUGCUUGUAGAUGCACUGAUAUUCCUUUGGUCAGGAAACUCAAACAUGACAAAGAGAGGGGAAAUUGUAUCAUUCAGGUCACUCAGGAUGUUACCUACAGUAAUGCUUUGCACAGUACUUUGCACACCAAACUGGGCUGUUUAACGGCACCAUGACUUUUUUGGCCACCUAAUCUGAAGGCUGGAAAAGUGGGCUUGGAUCCAAAGAACAGUGAGCAGAAGUGGGGUGUUCUGUGAACUCUGGCAAACGUGUCCGUGGGAGAUUUGUCACAGUGCAGAGCCACAAUGUGUUGGGGGUUGCAUUAUAGUACAAGAAAUAUGGCGAAUAAGCAAGAUAUUGGUUGCGGCACAUAAACUCUAGUGAGCCAUACAAAGGUUUUGAAAAGAGCUUGUGCUUUGCCCUGCACAAGAACUUGUGCAAACAGAGGAACUCCUCUGGAUUUGGGGUCACAUUUCUCAUGAAGCACUUCCCCUAAAUCAGAAACAGCCCUUCUGUCAGUGGAGGGGCACCUCUGGAUCCCAGCCAUAGGCCAGGUGUAGACUCCUGCACGAUCUUUUCAUACACAUGUUACUCCAGUGCUCCCAACCAAUCCAAGUAGCAGUUACCCAGAAAAUUCAGUGUUGCUUGCUAACCAAAAUCCGAAGAGCCACUUCAGGUUAUUCCAGUGGCUUGUACUUGUAGAGUGUUUCUUCUCUGCACAGAGCAUCCCUUUGUCAUAACACAAAUAGCUUUUGCAACUCGUCUCAGUUUUAGGUGGGUUUUUUUGGCUGUGCAUCAUUGAGGGCUGCUAUUUAAGACACACAUGUCCAAAGUUCUCCCAGGCAUGCAGAACUAUUAUUUCUUGUUUAUAAAUUGUUAUCCUGUUUUAAUUUUUUAAAAAAUUCAAAUGUGGCAAAGAAUUCCUGGAGGAGUCCUUUGGGAUGGUUCCUUGCCCAGGUCUACAGGGAAAUCAGCUAUACAUUCACGAGUACUGUGUUUCCAUCUUAUUGUAAGUUUGCCUGGAUCAGAGUCUCACCAAAUUAAUGUCCUUUUUAAUAAGGUAUUUGAAUUUGCAUAUCAACCCCACCCUCAAGCCAGGAUUGAACUGCUUUUGAAUUCCACAGCAACCCGUGCAUGUUUUUAAUGUUCUUUUUCCAUAUUCCCAUGCACCCACUGAGCCCAAGAGUGCCUCGCUUCAGUAAAGCACCGCUUAGCAAAGACUUGUGCAGAUGACUCCUAACUUCAUGCAUGAAAAGCAAAAAAAACCCAAACCCAAACACUUUCUCUUGUUUCUGUUAGGCUAAGCUAACGCCAAACCUUAACUCUUUAAUUUGCUACUCGUAUCUCUUCUUGCAAAUAAAUUAAGCUAGUUUUAACAGUGGCUUGCAUUUCAAUGUAGAACAAGUGAAGGAGCUGAAUGACUGAAAUAUCCCUCAUUUAGUUAUGUGGGGCAUUUUUACAAAAACAUUUUAGAUUAUUGCUUGGAGUUUGAGCCAAAGGACCUUAGCCAUAAUUAAAUGGUAUAUUUUUGUUGACUGCCUUUCUUUCUCUAUAUGUAUAGUAUUUGCAUAUGGGAGAUGCCUUCUGAAUGAUUCUGUAAUUUAUGAUUAUUGGUAAUGAUUAGGGCUGCUUGUUUAACUUGCCUGUAUAUUUUAUUUUGACAAGUGUUCUAUAACAUGUUCUUUUCUUCUGUAUAUGCUUUAUGCAUCUUAACAUCUAUGUGCUGCUACAUAUGAAAGCCAGGGAUCAUGGCUUCAGAAAAAAAUUUAUUGGCUGUUGACAGCUAAAGUAUAAUGUAUAGGAUCCCUUUACCUUCGUAUAUAUUUGCUGUGAAGUAAUCUCUGUUGCCAGAUUUCUUUGCAUUCAAUUGCUUUUUUUGUAAAAACAAAAACAAAACCUAUUUUCUGGAAAUUAAUACAUAUACACAUUCCUUUUACCUUGUUCUAACUUUACAUGUGUUAAUUAAGAAUGUGCAUGUUAACAUUUCUCAGCUGUGUCUUAUAUAAUUUCGCUGUACAGUUUUAAUUUUUGUGAUUUUUUUCAUAGUCUAUAAAAUCUUGUAUGUGGAGUUCACUAUCAUGACA